UCAGUGCAUAUGUGAAAGAGGGAGCGAGAAAGAGAGAUAGAGGGAGCCACAAUCUGCUACUGCAGCUGCUUCAACUCCACAUUCAAAAAAAAUCUUCAUUUCCAUCCAGUCUCACCUCAACAGACCAGCUUUAAAACAAAAAAAACAAAUACAAACACACACAAAAAUAUUACAGCAGUUUUUGUGCCAGACAUCGAGAAGAUCAUGAAAAGAAGCCGGCUUCCUAGCAGCAGUGAUGAUUCUGAUGACAAUGACAGUCAUUCAACAUCCUGGUCUCAGCAUUCCAAGUCACGACACAGAAGAAGCUCCACGUCGAGGCAUGAAGACCGAAAACCAUCUGAGGUCUACAGAACAGACCUAAUAACUGCAAUGAAGCUACAUGAUUCACAUCAAUUGAACUCUGAUGAAUACUAUAUUCUGGCUGACUCAUGGAGACAAGAAUGGGAGAAGGGAGUUCAAGUACCAGUUAGCCCUGAAUCUGUACCUCAAGCGACUGUCAGAAUUACUGAGGAAAAGGAUAAAGCUGUGACAUUUGCCAGACCAAGAAAAUAUAUUCACUCCUCUGGUUCUGAGCCCCCAGAGCUUGGUUACGUGGAUAUCCGCACACUUGCGGAAAGUGUGUGCCGUUAUGACUUGGAUGACAUGGAUGUAGCCUGGUUAAACAUGCUCAAUGAAGAAUUUAUAGGAAUGGGGAUGGCUGAAUUGGAUGAAUUCACCAUGGAGAAAGUCAUGGAGGAUCUGGAGCGUAGAUGUUACGAUAACAUGAACCAUGCCAUUGAGAAUGAAGAAGGACUAGGAAUUGAAUACGAUGAAGAUGUGGUGUGUGACGUGUGCCAGUCUCCAGAUGGCGAGGAUGACAACGAGAUGGUUUUCUGUGACAAAUGUAAUAUAUGCGUCCAUCAGGCUUGUUAUGGAAUUCUGAAAGUUCCGGAAGGCAGUUGGUUAUGUCGGACUUGCGCGCUUGGUGUCCAGCCCAAGUGUCUGCUUUGCCCUAAGAAAGGUGGAGCAAUGAAGCCAACCCGCAGUGGGACAAAGUGGGUUCACGUGAGCUGUGCUUUAUGGAUCCCUGAGGUUAGCAUAGGAUGCCCAGAAAAGAUGGAGCCCAUCACAAAGGUCUCCCAUGUCCCUGCCAGCCGAUGGGCAUUAGUGUGCAGCCUGUGUACUGAGAAGACUGGAGCCUGUAUACAGUGUUCAGUGAAGAACUGCCGCACGGCUUUCCAUGUGACUUGUGCAUUUGAUCGCAAUUUGGAAAUGAAGACCAUCCUGGCGGAAGAUGAUGAAGUGAAGUUUAAAUCUUACUGCCCGAAGCACAGCAGCAAGGAGCCCGAUGAGGGAAAUAAAGGCUAUGCCACUGAGGAGGUACAGGAGAAACCUGCCGUUGUGGAAAGUGCCCUGGACAGUAUGGACCAGAGCCAGGAGGAGGCUCAAAGGAUCAGCCUCCGCAAACAGAAACUCCAACAAUUAGAGGACGAAUUUUAUAACUUUGUCAGCAUCUCGGAGGUGUCCCAGCACUUGAAGUUGUCUGAGGAACUUGUGGAUUAUAUUUAUCAGUACUGGAAGGGGAAGAGGAAGAGUAAUUUCAACAAGCCUCUCUUCACUCCCAAAAAAGACGAGGAGGACAAUCUGGCAAAGCAGGAACAAGAUGUCUUGUUCAGACGGCUGCAGCUUUUCACACACCUCCGCCAGGAUCUAGAGAGGGUUCGCAACCUUACUUACAUGGUGACCCGAAGAGAGAAGAUUAAGCGAUCGAUCUGUCGUGUCCAAGAGCAAAUAUUCCACCACCAGAUCAAACUUCUUGAGGAAGAGUGUGUUUCUGGUGUGCCUUCAGCAUUCCCGUCGGAAGGUAGCUUAUUCCUCGGUUGUCUGGCACAAUCCCACCCAGUUUCCAAAACGGGGUGUUUGCAAUGGAAGUCGAACAGAGAGCUGGAGACGGCUCAGUACCAGGACAACCACCAGAACAAGGUCUGGCGGGAAAAGGGCUCUCACCUGAGUGGCCGACCGCAAAGUCGCCCUGAUCCUGCGAGUCAGAGCUUGUUGAAACAGUCGAACCGAUCCAGUGAGUGCAAAAAUGUGGCGAGCCUGCACAAUGCCAAGGAAGGCUAUAACAUAAAGAGUAUUCUUCCAGCCUGCGCUAAGGUUCGUGCUGAGUCACGGGCUAAUGGCCGAGAGAGGAAUAAUGGCCAGGCUGCACCCGACCACAGGAAGAAAACUGACAGCAGCGGGCGUAGUUCGGGAAGUAAAUCAGAAUUGAGGGAAAGAGUGUGUUUAAAGCGGGACAAAUCCUACUUGCCUGCAGAGUUAACCCUGCGACAUUCUGACAACAAGCGGGCUCUGUGUGCACCUGUGUGUAAAGUGUCCUCGGUUAGCAUCCACAGGUUGUCUGGGGAUGGCAGCCACUUGCACUCCAAGUGUAACGGUACCUUGGCCAAGGCAGCUUGCGCUCAACCAGCUGUCCCUGCUGGCCGCCCUGCAGCCAAAGUGCCUACAACACCUCCCAGUCCAGUGAAGAACUGGGGUGGGUUCAAAAUCCCAAAGAAGGGAGAAAAGAAGCAGCACGAGGAGAGACCAGAGGCCUGCAGGCAGAACUCAGAAUCUACAAAGUACCAGCAGCUGAGAGCGCAAAGAGCCUCCCCCAAAGAGAAGCUAAAGGUGAGGUUGCUGCCGGACCCCGAGAAUGACGGCUACAGCCCUGAUGCUGAAAUGAGCGACUCAGAGACCGAGUCGACAGAUAAUUGCAAGCCACAGCGGCUAAGUUCAAGCAGUGCAAUGGUGAACAGGAGGUAUGGGGCAGACAUUAUUCGAAGAAGUAUUCUGGCCUCUUGAUCCACAGAAGAGAGGCAGCCAAGAGCCCUGACUGCCUGUAUCCAUCUCCAAUCCUGACCAUGUUUGAAUGAAAUGCCUUGUUGUGAUUUUAUAUUUCUUCAGAUUAAGUAAUUGAAACCCAUGGACGCUUCCCAUCAAGGAAUGUUUGUAUUAAUGCACUUGUGUUUAAGUUAAAUGCUACAGUUUUGUCAUCUACAAUCUGCCCUAUAAAUCAAUCAAACCUUCAGGUAGUCCUUCUGCCAGGUAUACUGAAUCAGAAAAGUAACCAAACUGUAAGAAUAACUUAAAGCGUAGACACUGAAUAAAAAGCUGAUUAAAAAAUUAUCACGUUUGCUAAGCAUCCUACCAAUUAACUAAGUUAACAGUCAACAUUUUUUGACUUUUAAAAAAUGAAGAAUACCUUUUAGUAUGACUGGUUGUAUAAUUGGUUGACUGGACUUUCUCUAGCACUUUGGACUAAUAAAUGAUCAUAAAACAAAAGCAGCAAGUUCUAAAUUUCUAAGUGGGACAAAUUAUGGUUUGUUUCUCAAGUUCUCAAAAUUUGGUGCACAUCAGUGGUAGAUUUUCACACGUGAACAUGUCAGUGUUCUUUGCUUUCAAGAUCUACAGCUGAUCUGUAAACUUGGACAGAAGCACAGUAAGUUAAGCAUGGAAACAAUGAGAGUUGAAAUAUACAGCAGCUGCAGAAAGGAAGGAAUUCCUUGUAGUCUAUGAAUGCUGGCAGUGAUACAGUAACUGAGCAGGAGUGGCUGGCCAAGUAUUCCUGGCAUCUGAACAAAAGUGGAGAUUUGCUGCGGGGAAUUUUGAUGUCUUUCUGCAUUGUUCCUGUACGAUUUGAGUGAAACAUUUGCUAAGUGUGCAAUACUUCAUCAGACCACGCAAACUAUAACUUUGUAAAGAAACAGUUUGUUUAUCGCAUGUAUCCAUUACUUUGAUUUUAAGUUGUUCCCUCAGAUU